UGGUGCCUGACACUACUUUGCCUUAACACAUCAAUACCUAGUAUUUAAAAAACAUAACCACUAUCAUUACAAUGACACAUGUCUACCUUCUCAAACCAAAAAAAAACGCCACGUGGCUCAUCUACCAAAAUAAACAAGCAGGAAAUUAGGAAAAUAAAUAGAGAAAAAAAAAAGAUGGAAAAACCACCCUGCUAUCCUACAUUCCCACGUGACGUUUGGUGUUAUUACAAUCAAGAAGCCAAAAAUCUAAAAGUGCAAUUGAGUCCACGUCACUCCUCAAAUGUUUUCCAAAUUGUAGUACUGUACAAGAUUGCCACAAAAAAAAAAAAAAAAAUAGAAAGUAGAAGAAAUGUGAACGGAAGAGAAAAAGAAAAGUAACCACCGCCAUUACCGUCUCCCACAACCUUUCAUCUUCGCCAUUUAAGUUCAUAUCCGAUUCAUCCUCCUCUCCAUUAAUCACCUUUCAAUUCAAAUUCAUUAGCAAUUUCUGUUACUAAACACAAGCCUUGAAUAUCAAUCGUCUCCGAUUCCAGCUUCAUUUAUAAUUAGCUACUCUUGAGUUUCACUCCAAGUAAUCCCUUGCAAAAACCUUCAAUUGGACGUCGACCUAGAAUCAAACUCAUAUCUCACCAAAUUCGAUCCCACCAUCUUCUCCCUAACUUUAAUAACCUCCAUUUACAAAUUGAUUUCCCCCAAACAUUAAUAAUUUCUUAAAGAAUGUCAAAUAUCGGUUACGGUUAGUUUGCGAAAAUGGUUAUUGACAUUCCAACUCCCUAUCUCUUGAUCCUAUCCUAACUCUAUUUAACACAGUUAGUUACGCCCUAAGUAUGAUAUGACUGUGACCUGCAAACAGCCAGGUCCUGUCGUGUCGCAGGUAAACACAGCUCCAGGGAGAUACGUCCGACGUAGCAUCGUGCGACGAGGUAUAAACGACGAAGGAUAGGCGACAAAGUACAGGCAACUGAGACGCGUCCUCAAGAAACGGGUUGAUAAAGAUAAGUUAACCUAAAGCCCAUGAUAGGCAGCGCCGUCAAGCUAGCAAGAACGAGUCCAAGACAUACGCGAGAAGCGCGGAGGCGGUUGAAGACUGAAGAGACGUGUGACAAAGAUACUCCUAUCUUUGUGGGAUUUUCUCAACCGAUUAGACCGUUGAGAAUAUCCUAUAAAAGGACGAAGAUAAUGACAAGCAAAGCACGUUCACUCAAGCACUCAAACUCUUAAGCUAUAAACUAUUUCAGCAUUCAUUAUUGUACUUUAGAUUUUUAAUAUCGAUUCUCAAAAAGAAGAGCAUAAACAAUCACAUAGAAUACUUAGUGGAUUGAUAGCCUCAUAGCUAUCCGCGGUUUUUUACCUUAUUCCUGGGUUUUCCGCGUCAACACUCCUCUGUGUCGUGUCUCUUUAUUUGUGUCGUUGAUUCUUUGCUUAGUUAGUGUCGACCCUAGCCGAAAGUCGCCCCCAUACGAAUUUUGGCAUAAACAGUUUGGCGCCGUCUGUGGGGACAUUAACUAGGUUUUACACAAAAGCACCCCUUUCACCAUGACUACUGGAGAGAUGACGAUCGCAGAGAUGAAAGCGGCUUACGAGAAAGCCCAAGCCGAGCUAGCCCAAGAGAGGGCAUCCAAUGAAACCCUCCAGAAAGAGCUCGAAUCUGUAAAGAGCAACAAGCACCAGUCCCGCUACAAAGGUGGGAAGCCAAAAAAGCUAACGUUCGAGAUGCCCGAUGACUUUGAAGAUGUGACCGACGAUGAGGAGGAAACCCGUGAGGAAGAAGACAAAGAAGCCCCCGAUCCGGUGACCCAACGCCUGAACAAGAUGGAUGCACGCAUGACGAAACACUAUUCCCGCCUGAUGAAGUUGAUGACCAGGUUCCCCGGGGCACCUACACCAGUGGAGACCGAGCCGACCGACGGGUAUGCCGCGUCGCCGUUCUGCGAAGCGAUCGCUAGAGUGACAGUUCCGCACACACUCCGGCUCCCAACCUGGACCACCCUGUACGACGGGACAUCCGACCCCUAUAGGCACGUCAACUUCUACAAGCAGCGCAUGUGGCAGAUCGGGAUUCCGCACGACCUAGUGGAACCUGUUAUGUGCAAAUCAUUCGGCGGCACCCUUGAUGGAGCAGCUUUGGAAUGGCUCACGAACGUCCCUCCCAGAUCCAUCUCCUGUUUGUCCGAUCUCAUCAACGCCUUCUACCAACAAUUCGCCAGCAGUCGCCAGUUAGAAAAACAAACCAGUGAUCUCUAUCGGUUGGUUCAAGGGCCAACCGAGUCGGUACGCGAUUAUUUUAACCGUUUUAAUUGUGAAAAAAUUGGUAUAAAAAAUUGUGAUGUCAGGACUGCUAUUGAGGCGUUCAAGAGAGGCCUCAUCCCCAAUUCGGAGCUAUACCGGGAAAUAACCAAAUACCCCUGUGCAACUUUCGAAGAGGUGCGAUCAAGGGCCACCGCCCAGAUGCGAAUCGAAGACGACGAGGUUAUCCGAACAGCAUCUCAACGAUCGAUAGGGGGCAGCAGGGACAGAAGAUCGUACACCCCAAGGAACAACAAUUGGCGACACCAACCAUAUGUUCGGCAAAACCAGGUACAAAGUGUCAAUCAGUAUUAUGAUACUAACAAUGUUUACAGGAACGAGCGGGUCGAACACCCUAACAUCUCCGACUACGGCUUCAACGUCGACAUUGGAGGUGUGGUGAACGCCCUUCAAAAUGUAGGUGGAACAGUCAGAUGGCCCCGGAAGAACGACAGACCGGACUCCAUGAAGGACAUGAGCAAAUGGUGCGACUUCCACCGCGACAACGGACACACAACCGAGGAGUGCAUCUCCCUCAGAAAGGAGGUCGCAUACCUCCUGAAACGGGGGCAUCUAAAGGAACUGUUGAGCGACAAGGGAAAAGAAACAUUUUCCAAAGAGCAAACCACCCUGCCCGGCCCAGCGACAAGCAGCGAGCGACCAGACCCACCACCAUUCAAUAAAGUGGUAAAUGUUAUUUCCGGUGGUUCAGAUAUUUGUGGACUAACCUCUUCUGCAGCUAAAAAAAUUAACAGGGGAGAAUCUGAGACCGUAGAAGAGGGACAAACCGAAGACGAGGUCGCACUACACAGGUCCCUGACCGCAAUGGCUAUCACUUUCGACGAUUCAGAUUCUGUAGAUACACAGCGGGAGCACCACGACGGGUUGGUAAUAUCGCUCCCAAUAGGGAACGCAUUGAUCAAAAGGAUACUGGUCGACAACGGAAGCUCAGCCAACGUACUGUUCUUGGAAGCACUACAAGAAAUGGGAUUAGAAGAGAAAAACAUAGUAAGGAGAUCAACAGUUCUGGUAGGGUUCAGUGGAGAAGCACUACGGACGGUAGGAGAGAUAUCGCUGCCUACAUACGCAGAAGGCGUCAACAUGAUGACCAAGUUCAACGUCGUCGAUUGUCCAUCAGCGUACAACGUCAUCCUAGGACGACCAUGUUAG